CCCUCGCCCUCCCAGGCCCCGCGCCCCGCGCCUGGGCCGCCGGCGAUGGUGACACAUGCGGCGGCGGCGCGCCGGCGGCAGGACCAUGGUUGAGCGCGCCAGCAAGUUCGUGCUGGUGGUGGCGGGCUCAGCGUGCUUCAUGCUCAUCCUGUACCAGUACGCGGGCCCGGGGCUGAGCCUGGGCGCGCCCGGCGGCCGCGCGCCGCCCGACGACCUGGACCUCUUUCCCACGCCCGACCCGCACUACGAGAAGAAGUACUACUUCCCGGUGCGCGAGCUGGAGCGCUCGCUGCGCUUCGACAUGAAGGGCGACGACGUGAUCGUCUUCCUGCACAUUCAGAAGACUGGGGGCACCACCUUCGGCCGCCACCUCGUGCAGAACGUGCGCCUUGAGGUGCCCUGCGACUGCCGGCCCGGCCAGAAGAAGUGCACCUGCUACCGGCCCAACCGCCGCGAGACCUGGCUCUUCUCCCGCUUCUCUACGGGCUGGAGCUGCGGGCUGCACGCCGACUGGACGGAGCUCACCAACUGCGUGCCCGGCGUGCUGGACCGUCGCGACCCCGCGGCGCUGCGGACCCCCAGGAAGUUCUACUACAUCACCCUGCUGCGGGACCCUGUGUCCCGCUACCUGAGCGAGUGGCGGCAUGUGCAGCGGGGGGCCACGUGGAAGACGUCGCUGCACAUGUGCGACGGGCGCACGCCCACGCCCGAGGAGCUGCCGCCUUGCUAUGAGGGCACGGAUUGGUCAGGGUGCACGCUGCAGGAGUUCAUGGACUGCCCCUACAACUUGGCCAACAACCGCCAGGUGCGCAUGCUGGCCGAUCUGAGCCUGGUGGGCUGCUACAACCUGUCCUUCAUCCCCGAGGGCAAGCGGGCCCAGCUGCUGCUGGAGAGCGCCAAGAAGAACCUGCGCGGCAUGGCCUUUUUCGGCCUCACAGAGUUCCAACGCAAGACGCAGUACCUGUUCGAGCGGACGUUCAACCUCAAGUUCAUCCGACCUUUCAUGCAGUACAACAGCACACGGGCGGGUGGCGUGGAGGUGGACGAGGACACCAUCCGGCGCAUCGAGGAGCUCAACGACCUAGACAUGCAGCUCUACGACUACGCCAAGGACCUCUUCCAGCAGCGCUACCAGUACAAGCGGCAGCUGGAGCGCAGGGAGCAGCGCCUCAAGAGCCGCGGGGAGCGCCUGCUGCACCGCACCAAGGAGGCACCACCGCGGGAGGACGCGGAGGAGCCAGGCCGCGUGCCCACUGAGGACUACAUGAGCCACAUCAUCGAGAAGUGGUAGUGGUGGCCGGUCGUGCGGGGCGGGACAGGGGAGGGGAGAUCAGACAGGCCAACCCAGCCACUCGGAACUCUGGUGGGAAGAGGGUCCCAGAUGCGCACUGAACACGGAUCAGGGAGUGGGGGCAUGGCUGCCUGGCGGGGUCUGAGGAGUUCUCCUGUACAGACCACCUCCCACCCUGGGCCAGAGGAGAGCAAGCCUGAGGGACGCCCCAGGCAGGCCUGCACAGGCCGGGACCGUGGUGUCCCUGCUUUCCUGGCCCCAGCUGACGAGAGCGGCCAGACAAAGGUCUGAGGACAAGAAACAGCUGAGAGCGCAGAUCGGACUUGGCAGCCAGAAUCGCAGCCUACACCCACGGUGCACACCUGCCGGCUCUCUCCCCCACAGACCAGCAGGGGCCCAACACCAGCUCCAGGCACCUUUCCAGGCCCAGGACACCCAGGCAGCCCCUUGGCCCCCAGUGGCCCCAGUGCCCCUGGGCCUGACUGAAGCCCCCUUCACUGGGCACAAAGGCAGCCCCUUGAGGUGUCCUCAGGAAUGGGGCUUCUAGCUCACCGUCUUCAUGGUCAGGGCUCACCCCACCUGAAACUGAGAAGACUCUAGUCCUGCUCCUGAGAAGCCCACUCUCUCUCUCUGGCCCAAGGUCAAAAAACACGCUCUGGCUUCUUGCUUUGGGUCAGGAGAUCAAAGCACACCUCCUGUGGCCCCUACCCAUUUCCCAUAGUCCUCAGGCUAAGGAGGGCUGCAGGGAGAUGGGCCCACAUGCACUGUUCCCUUCUGUGGACAGAGAGUAGGAAGGAGGGGGAAGGCUGUGUCCAAGCACCCCCCCCCCAGCUGGUUAUUGGUAGUGACCACCACACCAGGCCAGCUCAGAAAGAGUUUCCCCUGCCCCAUUUACCUUUCUGAUCCUCUGAGAUUUGGUAACAGACUGUCCCUGGCCCCGGGGUCAUCACGCAGAUGUUUAUUCAGGGCUCAUACCCCACUUUCCCACAACCCCAUGUGCAGAAGUACAAUCAGGCCUCCACUGGCUAGAACACAGCAGACUGUACCUGCUGCUCACAAACCGUUCUUGGGGCCAUGUGGUUCUGCAUGGCCAGGAAGGGGGACUCAGGCUUUCAGAUUAUCAGUUGGAGUUGGAAGAAAUGGCUCUCAGUGGCUCCCCAGUACCCAAAUACAGCCUCUCCCUGCAACCUCUGACCACAAGCAGGUCAAGCCCUGUGCUUGGCAGCCCUGCAGAUUGGACAAGCCAUGUUCCAUAUCCGUUGUAGACACUUCCCCACACCCUACCGGCCCUGUGCUCCAGGAGGCCAGGCAACUGUCUUCUCCUGGGGUGUUCUCCCCACAUGAGGCCCAAGACCUGGGAUCAGUGUGAGUCCCACAGCCAAGGUGGAUGAGUGCCCUGUCUCUCCAGCAGAGGACCCACAUAUACCUGGAGGCUAUGAGCCUCCCUCACAAGGGCAGUGAGGGCCACGGCCAGCCCGUUGAGGGCAGCAGCGUCAAGGGCAGAUUCUCCCAGGAUCCUCCUCCCCGCCCCAGGUUCUCCGUGGCCAUCCCAGCUGUCCCACCCCAGAGGUGUGGAGGCGAGGAACCUUCCAUAGCACAGGAAACACUCUAGAGUGCUACAAAUGAGGUGGCACCCAGGAAGAAGCAGCCCUUAGCUUCGCCUGCCUGGCAUAGGUAUGGUGUCCACACCUCCUGCUUCCCACACUGACCACUUCAUCUUACAGUUCAAGGGCAGUAGUUAGCAGGCUGGGCUGGGCACCAGGCCUACCCUGCCCAGGAUCACCCCCAGGGUGCGUGCAACAUGGUAAGCAGGCAGCGCCCAGGUGCCUUCAGUGGUUCUUUCAAGGGGUAGUGAAGGUCAGCAUGGGGGAGAUCUGAUCUGACACUCCUCCUUUGGGGUGAGUGUGCUCCAGGGAGGAGGUUGGGACGUGUUCAUGAGAGCUCUGGGGUCUUGGACAGGCACGUGAGGUGCUGGGGUCUUGCUGUGGCCUUCGUCAGGAGGUGGUCAGUUCCAGCUCCUGUGGGAUGCUCAGCCCUGUUCUGCCUGAGCCCCUGGGUACUCAGCCCUUGUGUGAUGGGCUUCCUGCGUGUGCCCCCUUGAGUGUACGAUCUGUUUUGUACAUAUUGGAAUGUUUUAACUUAUGAUCCGUUGUCCCAAUUCACACGGAAAAACGGGUCUCUCCUUGGUUUCUUUGCUGCAUCUGGAAAGUGGUCCUGUGUGGGGCCGGCACCCAGAGAGAGCAGCAGGUGCCCUUGGCCCCUCGCGCCUCCAGCCCGGCACCUGUGCUCAGGCCACAUGCAUUGAGAUGGAAGUUUCUCAUGCCUGUAGCAUGUCCUCCAACACCACCACCUGCUGGGGCUCCACUGAAGGGGUACCCCACCCGGGGACUCUGUGGGGCUGAGGAGACAGAGGCAACGCGUGGUGAGCAAACAGCCCACUCCUCACACGGAUCUGCAGCAUCUCCUCCUGGAGGAGGAAACAGGGACGGCAAAAUUGUCCGAGCAGUGAGUCUGUGACCUUUUUGGGAACUGGAAGUGUUUAACUUGAACCCAGGAGCAUUUAAAGCUUUAUUUAUUUAUAGCUUCUUAUUAAAAAAAAUGUUGAGAAGAAAUCUUUUGGUUAUUCAUACGAGAAGAAUGAGUUGAUGGAAAAGUAAGUCAUAAUCAUCUAAUUGUUUUUGUCUAGGUCAAGAAUGAAUGUUAGCAGAUGAAAUAAAACCUUGACAAGGAG